CAAAUAGUUUUAGGAGUUAUCGCUCCCCGUUUCAAACAUAUUAGAUUCCGAAAUAAUUUUUGAAAAAUAUUUUAAAUAGAACGUUAAAGUUUUACACAAAAAAUCCAGCAAGAUGAUGGAAUUAAAUUUAUCACGUCUUGAUUACCUGCAGACUGGAACGACUUCGCCAAAUAGUAUGCAACUACUACCAGCCACUGGAAAAAAAGAACAAACUAAUAAGGUGGCUGUUGCUGACCACAGCGGCGUCGUGCAAUGUUUUGGUAUAAAGAAAAAAGAGCUACAGAGCGUCUUUAAAACAUUACCAAGCCAAGUGAAAUUGACCAGAAUGGAGUUAGGUGGGCCUCCGGGUGGAAUCCGGGAUAGAAUCUUUGUUUGUGCCCACUCAGAGAUACGCGGUUUUUCUAAGAAAGGCAAACAAUUUUUAACCUUUGAAACGAACUUAACGGAUCCUAUUAAGGCAGUAUAUGUUGAAGGAGGAGAAUUACUAGUUGGCAGUAAUUAUAUCUAUAAUCGCUAUACUGAUUGCACGGAUAGUGCUUAUUAUUUAUGUCCAGAUAGAAUUUCAGACGUACUCUGUUUGCCCCCCGAUAAGACAGAUGGGUUGUUAUCCGUAGUUGCGUGCGAAGAUAAAAUGCUUAGAAUGAUCCAAGAUUCUGAAAUGAUCUAUGAAUUUGAAAUAGGAGGAUCACCAUCUACUACCAAGUUGUACGAAGGGACUGGAGGUGAAGAAGGUGAUGAGGUUAUUUAUGGAACUCGAGAUGGCAAACUUGGUUUGGCACAACUGUCUAGGUUGUUACCAAGUCAAAAAUGGGAAGUGUCCAACGAUAAACAACACGGGGGAAUUCUUUCAUUGGAUCACUACGACAUUUAUGCAGAUGGCAUUCAAGAGUUAAUUGUAUCAAGAGACGAUGGCAUGAUAGAAAUUUACGGUUACGACGAGAACGAUGAGCCAAUCUUAAGGCAUCAUCAAACAUUCGCCGAGAGCGUUACUUCAAUUCGAGGCGGUGUAGUAUCAGCACCGGGUUAUGAUGAAUUAGUCUGUACAACUUAUUCAGGAUGGGUAUCCAGUUUAACGACGGAACCUGAAAGUUCUUCUAAAAUUAAGACGUCUAUGCCUUCUACACCGGUUUCAUCCCAUUCAUCGGCCGAACCGGUAAAAGCCGAACAAUAUGUCGGCAUCAACCACGACACUUUAGAAAGAAUAGUUAGGAUUAAAGACGAAAUCGAAGAACUUCAGAAUAAGGUUGCUGUGGAGAGAGAGCGCUAUCAAUCCAUGGCAGCUCAAGGAAACUCGAUCUCUGCUGUUCCUCAUUUCCAAGUUAAUAACAAAUGGAGAUUGAGUAGAGCUGAUGCCAGCUACAUACUAAGUAUAGAGGUUCACACAGCAAUUGACUUCAUCCUACUUCAAAGCGACGUCCCAGUUGAUUUAUUAGACGUCGAUCGCAAUCAAGCAGUGGUUAGCUAUAGUGCUACUUCCGUGGAAGAUGGCAACUAUUUGUUGACAACUUAUAGAUGCCAAGCGAAUGCUACUAGAAUCGAAAUAAAAGUUCGCUCUAUAGAGGGUCAAUACGGACGUUUAACGGCCUAUAUUGCUCCACGUUUGCAUCCGAAAGUAUGCUGCGUAAAUGAAUUUCCUAUCAAACCCCUUUCACUUCACGAACGCACACAUAAAUGGGAUGAUACGAGACCUAGUAAUUCUCUAAGUUUGAGGGGACAAUUUUCGUUAGCUGAGGUUCAUUCGUGGAUCGCAUUUUGCCUACCCGAUGUUCCUGAUAGAGCACCUCCAGGAGAGAAAAUAACGAUGACAUUUGCUUCUACUUUCCUCAACACACAAUUAGAGUGUUGCUACUCAGCUGGAGAAGCAGUUUUUACGUCUGAUAGUGUUUCUACGAUUUCUAUCUUGAAAGACGUCUUAUCUAAGGAAGCAACUAAUAAGAAAAUUAGAUUGGAUAUGUCUUAUGAUAUUAGUGAUUCGUCUGUUCCCCAUGUACUUGAGCUUAUACAUCCACUUCUUGAGGAGCAGCUGACGCUUGCUAAGAAUGUACAACUCAUAGAUGCUCUGAAAGAUUUACAAGUUCAUGAGACAGAUGUGUCCUUCCUCUCAGAUGACUAUAAGGGUAUCCUUGAAAAUGCAGAUGAAUUGAAGGAAAAGUAUCAACGACAACCGUGCUAUCUUCAACGCUUAUAUGGAAUUAUAACUGAUCUGUUUAUUGACAAAUACAAGUUCAAGGGUCAAAAUUCAAAGAAUAAAGUUCCAGCUCUGAUGGAAGUAUUGGACAACUACUCACUGGAAUCUUUAAUUGCAUUUUUCUCAAGAAACUGA